UGUUGAGUUAAAAACGCCCCAACCAGAGGCGAGCGGGUGGCACAGACUGUGGACCGAGAGAGGCGAGACGCGAUGAAGACUGCCCUCGUUUCGCCGUGCGUCCGCUGUCCGCCGUCAGCAGCCUUCUUCUCUCUCUUAUUUAAAAAUGCCUGCCGCUCCAACAAUCCCUCCUUUCUUCCCCUCUCCUCCUCCCCUUCCUCUCGCCGCCGCAUCCGCUUCCCCUUCUCCCCGUCUCCUCCGCUCGCCAUGGCCGCCUCCUCCGCUCCUCAAUCCUCUCAGAUGGCGGCCCCGAUUGAUGCAGGUGGCAGCUUCCCGGACACAUUUGAGCUGAUUCGAUCUCAUCAGGAAGCAGCUGCUCGACUAUCCCCAGUUGAUGAAGUACGAACCAUAGUUGACAGAAGUGUUAGGGGCAUGCUCUCUACUCAUUCUCAGAAGCACGAGGGUUAUCCAUCUGGAUCAAUGGUUGAUUAUGCAUGCGAUCAGGAUGGCUCCCCUAUAUUAGCAGUUAGCAGUCUAGCAGUUCAUUCAAAGAAUCUUUCAGGAAAUCCGAAAUGUUCCUUGCUUGUCGCCAAGGAUCCUGCAGAUAGGACAGAUAUAACAAUCACCAUAUAUGGAGAUGCUAUGCCUGUUUCAGAAGAUGAUAGAGAUGGCAUACGGACUGCAUACUUGAGGAGACAUCCUGAUGCAUUCUGGGUUGAUUUUGGUGACUUCCAUUUUGUUCAUAUCAAACCGAAAUUUGUGAGAUAUGUAUCUGGAGUUGCAACAGCUCUGCUUGGAUCAGGAGAAUUUAGUGCAGAGGAGUAUAAGGCCGGGCAAGUGGAUCCUAUAUCUCAGUUUUCAAAUCCUAUUACGUCCCACAUGAACAGGGAUCAUGCUGAAGAUACAAAGCUAAUAGUGCAACAUUCAACCUCAGUAAAGGUGGAUUCUGCUUACAUGCUGGAUGUGGAUAGUCUUGGUUUCAAUGUGAAGGCUGUUUAUCAAGGAAACAGUAUGAAGCUCCGGAUCCCUUUCCCAAGGCCAGCACAAGACAGAAAGGAUGUCAAGACUCUUAUUGUUGAAAUGCUUCAAUCUGCGAGAGCCUCGAUUUCAACUACGGAAUAAAAACUUUGUAGAUCGCAGAUGGAGAUGAAAGAGAGUUCAAUUUCGGCACCAACGCAGCGAACAGAAUGAGGAGUGCAUGAGAUACCAGUAAAAUAAUACACAAAAGGAAUAAAUUUGUAUUUCUUUAACCUUUGAAAGUUCACCGAGUUUCCUUACAUCUCUUGAAUGAAAAUGAAAGCAAAAUGGAUUGUAUUAAAAAUUUGUAAAUUGUUUACAAAUUGAAACUGUGUAAAGAAAAAUGGGUUGUGUUAAAUUUGUGAAAUGUUACAAAUUGAAACUAUGUAAACAAUAUGUGAUGUGAGGGCCAAAGUGUGAGACAGCUGUUAGGCCCCAGCCUUGCUAUUGUCCUGUAUAUCUUGAAAGCAAAUUGGUCUUUUCUGUGAUCCCCAUAUGUAGUGGUUGUGAUGUUAUUUCAGAGUGAGAAAGAGCUUGUUGGGCUUA